GGGGGCGCUAUCCCCAGACACCUGCCCCAAAGGCCGGGCGCCUUGUCCCCGGGCUCGGUGGAACUGACUGCUGGCCACACAUCCUUCGCCUCGGUCGCUAUAAGGUUGUAAAUGCAAGAGCAGGGCCAUCUUCUAAUUACUGUGUUACCCGGGAAGGGGCUCGGUCGCGUAGCGUCGCCCUCUCCGCCGUCUACCGGCUCUCAGGUGCAGGCAGCUUGGACAGGCCUCUGUAACCGACCGCGUUGCCAUGGUUAAAAGUGACAGUUCCUCGAGAAUCUCCCGUAAGGGAAAGGUUCGAAUAGGGAGCAUGCGCACUCGCAUCCUGACGUACGUGGAUGUGAGUCGGAGACAGGGGGCGUGGUCUUUGUCGGAGCGGGAGGGGGAAAGUCGGAGGAACAGCUUUCCGGGCGUGCGCAGUCCACCCGGCGACGGCGAUUCUAUCCCAGCAGUGGGGCCUGCGGCUGCGGAGAUGGGCGCCGCUACUGCUGAAGCGGAUCGGACUCUUUUUGUGGGCAAUCUCGACAUUAAAGUGACGGAGGAGCUGCUCUUCGAGCUUUUCCACCAGGCAGGUCCUGUAAUAAAAGUUAAAAUUCCAAAGGAUAAAGAUGGUAAACCAAAGCAGUUUGCAUUUGUGAAUUUCAAACAUGAAGAAUCUGUUCCUUAUGGAAUGAAUCUACUUAAUGGAAUAAAACUUUUUGGAAGGCCCAUCAAAAUUCAGUUCAGAUCAGGAAGUAGUCAUGCUUCUCAGGAGGUUAGUUCAUCAUAUUCCCAGCAUAAUCUUGGGAAUGCAAGUCCAUCUAGCAUACCACAGUCCACUUCAGCUUCUAGCAGAUAUGAAAGGAAUAUGGAUAACAUGACAUCUGGAUAUAAUUCUGCACAAAUGCUACAGAGGUCUUUCUCAUCUCCAGAUAAUCUUCAAAGACAAGCUGUGAUGAACAACGUUCUGUGGCAGCAGCAGGGUUCAUUCAGUGGGAAGUUUGUACCUCAGCACUUGGAUCAGCCUAAUUUUACACCCUCAGGGCAGCAGCAUGGUCAUUCAUUCAACCUCUCUUCAAGCUCCCAGUGGUGCCAGGAUACACCAAUGUCACAGAGAAAAACCAGGCAGAACUCCCAUCCCUACCAGUCAGAUAGGCUGUAUAGCCGUGAGCAACGUUAUGGGGAUCAUGGAUCUGACCAUCAUUAUAGAGGGAACAGAGAUGAUUCAUACUAUGAAGAUAGGAUCCAUGAUGGUUGGAGCCAUGAUUAUGAUAGCAGAAGAGAAAACAGUAGAGAUGGGAAAUGGCGCCCAUCUCGGCAUUAAUAAGUAUUGAGAUGAACUUUUAAAAAUGCGUCAGAUUAGACUCUUGGCAAUGUUGAUGUGGAAAUGACUUCUUUGAAAAAACUGUAGAAAACAGCUCUGAAAGUUGUUACAUUUCCUUUUUAAAAUUUUUUAAACUUAACUGCAGUAUAAUACAGAGAGAAAAAAAAAAUAGUGGUUCCAGUUUUAUUAAUAGCCUUUUCACCUCAGGGUUUUAUGAAGAGGAAAGGUUUUUUUUUUUGUUUUGUUUUGUUUUCUUUGCAGAAGAAAGUGCCACAACUCCUAAUCAUUGUAGUAAGUUUAGGAAAAGGGGUGGAUUGUAAAAUUUGGUUGUAUUAUAAAGAAAAUAUUUUAAUUAUUUGUAACUUUUUGUAGUGUAACACAAUUGUCUUGGUAGUAAAUCCUAUUUUGGGGUGUGUGUGUGUGUGUGUGUGUGUGUGUGUGUGUGUGUGUGUGUGUGGUAGAAGAUACAUCAAAGUUGAUAGUCCAAAUUGGCUAUCAGUAUUUUGUUAUUAAACUGGAAAAUAUUACUUUUCAAUGAUCCAUUUUACUGAAAAUAGUAUUCAAGCAGAUAUCCUUGUAAAAUUUGGGGAUAAAUCAUAUUGGUUUAACUUUUGAUAGAACUUAAAUUUGGGUUCUAUACAGUUUCUUUGAGUUUACCUGCAUGGAAUUACAUUGUAUAUUCAUACAGAUACAUCAGUAGAUUUAUUCUAAAAAUUAAGAGUUUUCAUGAAAUCAUGUUUGAUAUAGCUAAAAAUUUACUCAGGAAGUAUUAAAUCUCUCCAAGGGUAUUUUGGUUUAAAAAAAAAAUUUUUAAAAGACCCUAAUGUUACUCAUGUGUACUCCUUUUUUUUUUCCCCAGAAAGUUUUAUCAGUGUGUAAGACAAAAUGGUUACACAUUUUACUGAAAUAUACUUUUGGGACUAAGGAAAGGUCUCCCAGCGCUGUCUUCACUACUUGAGUCACUUCACUGCUUUUUCAUUUUUAACAUCUUAAGUGCUCAGUGUAUUUGUAGAGGGUUUUUUGUUUGUUUGUUUUUUUGUUACGGGAACUGUACUUUGCUUGUCUAUUUGAUAAGCACUUGAGAACUUAGUCUUAAAAUUCAUCAGAUUUUAAGAUCUUGUUUAAUAAACAGUUUUUAGGUAUCAGAGUUAAUGACUGUGUUUCCAUUUACAUAUAAAAAAUAAACUUGUUUGUAAAAUCUCA